AUGGCCCAAUUGGCCGACGACAAGAAGAAUGCCCCGCGUCAGGGCCUGCUCAAGUCGCUCCUCCACGGCUCAGAGAGCGCCAGGGAGGACGGGAUGACGUCGCAGAGCCAGAGCCACAGUAACACAGUCGGGCGGGGAAAGUACAUUCACGAGAUCCAGAGACACGUUGUGCGGCCUGACCAAGUCGACGCAUACAAGGCGAUCCUUGCCGAGCACUACCCCAAGCUCGCCCAGGACGCGCCAGUGCGUCUCAUUGGGUCCUGGGAGGUCGUCGUGGGCGAGCUCGAGACCUUCUACCACAUCUGGGAGUACGAUGGAUAUGAGGGCUACGACCGCUGCAGCGCUGCUCUGGCCAAGUCGGAGCAGUUUGCGUCGCUCAACAAGCAGCUCCGCAGCACCCUCGGCUCGCGCUCCAGCUGGCUCACGCAGGAGUUUGCCUUUUGGAAGACGAGCCCGCCUCGCGAAUCGGGCGUCAAAGACCCCAUCUACGAGCUGCGCACCUACCACCUCAGGCCAGGCACCCUUCUCGAGUGGGAGUCCAACUGGCGCCGAGGACUCGAGGCUCGCAAGCGCUUCGUCGAGCCCAUCGCAGCUUACUUUAGCCAGAUUGGCCAGCUGCACACCGUCCAGCACAUCUGGCGCUACGAGUCACUGGACCAGCGAAAGAAGACGAGGGACGCCGCAUGGCAGGUCGAGACGUGGAACGACACGGUGACGCAGACGGUCAAGCUCAUCGACAAGAUGCACGCCCAGAUCAUGAGGCCACUGCCCUUCAGUCCGUUCCAGUAA